UGUUCUCUACUGCUUCCUCGGUGGUACUUUUCUCUUUUGGACAGUGUUCAUGUGUCUUAAGACAAAAGCAUAUCCUUAAAAUAGUUUUUGAAUACCAAUUACUUAUUUUAAGUCAGAUUUUCUGGGCCUGGACAUAUAUUCCUGGACAGUGGUCCCUUCUCAGUUGUGCCAAGGCCCUUCUGAAAGUCAUUUUCUUGUUGUGAGUUUCUUGCCUGAGCCACACCCCAUCCCUAUGUCUUUGCUGUUGUGAAGCGUUCCCUAUCCUGUGACCCAUAGAGUCCAGUACUGCACAGCAGCUUUCUUUAACCUGAUCCUAAAUCUAUUGUCCUGGCAACAGCCCUAUGGACUCAGUCCUGGCUAUGCUGGGGACACAUUUGUGAUGAGGGUGUCCACUCCCACUGAAGUCAGCAUGCUGUUCAGUGACAUUUUUCUGCUUUCAGGUCGUUGGCAUGGAGUGGACGAGGAAGAGGCAGCUUCUGAGCAGAGUGUUUCUGUAGCAGUGUCGCGCAUUCUUACUUCCAAGGCAGAUUCAUUGACUCAGAUGGCUCAUCCUUGUAACUUAUGUGGCCCAAUCUUGAAAGAUGUUUUGCACCUGGACGAACACAAAGAAACACGCCAUGGGCUGAAACCUUACACGUGUGGGGCGUGUGGGAGGCAGUUCUGGUUCAGUGCAAACUUUGACCAGCAUCAGAAGCUGUACAAUGUAGAGAAACUCCUAAGAGGUGACAAAGGCAAGACAUCAUUUGUUACUAACUAUAGAGCUUGUGAAGAACCUCUGCUGUCAGAGAAGCCCUUUGCAUGUAAGGAGGAGCAGAAGAACUUCCAGGUCAGUUUGGGCAGUCACCAGCAAAAGGCAACCCACAGCAAGAGGAAGACACGGAGUCCUGAGAGUGGGCUGGCUUUGCACAUUGGACAGAUGCAUUACAAGUGCAAUGAAUGUGGGAAAGCUUUCAGCCGCAAGGACACGCUUGUCCAGCACCAGAGAAUCCACACUGGAGAAAAGCCUUAUGAGUGCAGUGAAUGUGGGAAAGCUUUCAGCCGCAAAGCCACACUUAUCCAGCACCAGAGAAUCCACACAGGAGAAAAGCCUUACGAGUGCAGUGAAUGUGGAAAAGCCUUUAGCCGUAAAGACAACCUUACUCAGCACAAAAGAGUUCACACCGGAGAGAUGCCUUAUAAGUGUGGUGAGUGUGGCAAAUACUUUAGCCAUCACUCCAACCUAAUUGUACACCAGAGAGUUCACAAUGGAGCAAGGCCUUACAAGUGCAAUGAUUGUGGGAAAGUCUUCAGACAUAAAUCCACACUUGUUCAGCAUGAGAGUAUCCAUACUGGAGAAAACCCUUAUGUUUGCAGUGACUGUGGAAAGUCCUUUGGCCACAAAUACACCCUCAUUAAACACCAGAGAAUUCAUACUGAGGCAAGGCCUUUCAAGUGCACUGAAUGUGGGAAAUUCUUUAGUCGAAGCUCUGACUUUAUUGCACAUCAGAGAGUUCACACAGGUGAAAGGCCUUUUGUGUGCAGCAAAUGUGGGAAAGAUUUCAUCAGAACCUCCCACCUUGUUCGGCACCAAAAAGUUCACACUGGAGAGAGGCCAUACGAAUGCAGUGUGUGUGGGAAAUCAUAUAGCUUAAGCUCCCACCUCAUUAGGCACCAGAAAGUUCAUGUUGCAGGAAGGCUUUAGGAGUGCUUUUAACACAGCAGGACUCAUGGGGAGAGCUCUGUGACUUCCUGUAGAGAGAGAGACAUCAAAUCGUGUGUUGAACCAUGUAUAUCUAGACAUUGACAGUUGAGAGAUAGUUUAUGAAUGCCAUGUACAGGGGAAGCUUUCAGAAGCUAUGUCGCACUUUCAGACCUGCUCGGGUUCCUUGCCGAAUUUUUUAGUAUCAAUGCCUGUGGCUGAAAACAUCUCAACUCUACCCUAAUAUCCUCAGGGGAGGCAAAAACUUCAUAGUCUCUCUGUAGUCCCUGGAGGGAAUGAUAAGAAACCUGAGUUCCAGAAUUCCCUGGUGGUCCAAUGGUUAGAACUCUAUGCUCCUGAAGGCCCAGGUUCAAUCGCUUGUUGAGGAAAUAAAAUCCCACAA